AACCCUCAAUACAAGAUGAAGAAGGGCCUCAAACAAAAGGGAACACUGUGGGUCAAGCAGGGGAGGCUGGGCUCCGGGAGUCGCCUCCGUUUCUCACUCUGGCAGCAAGGAGGGCUUCCCGGGGCUGGCGAGGGCGGCGACACUGGGGCAGACAUCCCGGAUUCCAGUGAUCGCAGAUGCAGCUUCCGGGUUCUUUUCCCGCCACGGAAAGAAGUGUUUUCCCCGAGGGGAGAUCGACAACCGAGGUCGAGAUCAUUUGCAUGCGGCUUUCCCGCAUUUCUCCUUCCUCUGCGCUUCCCAAGCGCCUCAGGCCUGGGGCUGGGAAUGCUGGCCUCCACCGGAAAGGGAGGCCGGAGGCAGCCGCCCCGGAGCGCCGGACCCUCGCUCGCCCAACUUCGCUGCAGCGUCCCGGCCGUGCCCUGGCUUCCGGGAUCCCCGAGGCACUAAGGGGGCGCGGGGCCCAUUCGCGAAGCCAGACCGGCGGAGCCCGCGAGCCCCUCGGGGGACCAGACUGCGGGCGGGGCCAGGGACCGCAGGGCGGGCAGCCGCGCCGGGGAGGACCGGCCGAGGCGCACCGGGCGUGGGCGGGGCCGGCGGCGCAGGGGUUAAUGUGUGUCCCGCCCCGACCGCACUGACUCAGUUUCACCAGAAACUAGGCGAAGGAAGUGGCAGAUCCCCGGCGCACAGAGCAUCGGGGCGGAAGCUGCGCCCCAGGCCGCGCAGGAAGCCGGGACCGGAACCUCAGCAGGCCGGGCCCCACCCCACUCACCUGCGCAGGUAACCCGGGCCCCAGAGCGUGAGGCCGAGGCGGAGGCGCGGCGGGCUGGUAGCAUGUUUGGCCCUUUGUUCUGCGCUCGUGCGUGUGUACGGGUCUCAAGCACCUCCAGAACCCAGAGGCCCGCACUGUGAAGGUGACCCUCGUGGGGAGCAGAGCGACGGCCCGUGGGAGGACGAUGGCCUGUCCCGUCCUGGCCCGCCUCCUUGCUUUCGCCGUGUGGCUCUUGUGUGCGCUCGGCCUCCAGGGCUCCGAAGCCGGGCCGCCCCCGGAGCCCCCCGGGCUGCCCGCGGGAGCCGCCUGCCUGGAGCGCUUUACCGCCGGGGUGCCUGGCUUCGUGCUGGACACCACGGCCUCGGUCAGCAACGGGGCCACCUUCCUGGAGUCCCCCAAGGUGCGUCGUAGCUGGGACUGCGUGCGCGCCUGCUGCGCCACCCCGAAUUGCAACCUGGCGCUGGUAGAGCUACAGCCCGACCACGGGGAGGACGCCAUCGCCGCCUGCUUCCUCAUGAACUGCCUCUACGAGCAGAACUUCGUGUGCAAGUUCGCGCACAAGAAAGGCUUCAUCAACUACCUCACUCGGGAUGUUUAUCGCUCCUACCGCGAUCUGCGCACCCAAGGCUUUGGGGGGUCCCGGAUCCCCAAGGUCUGGGCAGGCAUAGACUUGAAGGUACAGCCCCAGGAACCCCUGGUGCUGAAGGAUGUGGACCAUGCAGAUUGGCACCUACUGCAAGGUGACACAGACGUCAGGGUAGAGAGGAAAGAUCCGGACCAGGUCGAGCUGUGGGGACUCAAGGAAGGCACCUACCUGUUCCAGCUGACAGUGACUGACUCAGAUCAGCCGGAGGACACGGCCAACCUCACUGUCAUUGUGCUGUCUGCUAAGCAGACAGAAGACUAUUGCCUCGCAUCCAACAAGGUGGGCCGCUGCCGGGGCUCCUUUCCCCGCUGGUACUACGACCCCACAGAACAGAUGUGCAAGAGCUUCACGUAUGGAGGUUGCUUAGGCAACAAGAACAACUACCUUCGGGAAGAGGAGUGUAUGCUAGCCUGCCGGGAUGUGCAAGGCCCCUCCAUGGAAAGGCACCAUCCAGUGUGCUCUGGCACCUGUCACUCCACCCAGUUCCACUGCAAUGAUGGCUGCUGCAUCGACAGUUUCCUGGAGUGUGACAACACCCCUGACUGCCCUGACGCCUCUGAUGAGGCCAGCUGUGAAAAAUAUACCAGUGGCUUUGACGAGCUCCAGAGCAUCCAUUUCCACAGUGACAAGGGGCACUGUGUGGACCUGCCAGAGACGGGACUCUGCCAGGAGAGCAUCCCGCGCUGGUACUACAACCCCUUCAAUGAAAGCUGUGCCCGAUUUACCUAUGGUGGCUGCUAUGGCAACAAGAACAACUUUGAGGAAGAGCAGCAGUGUCUUGAGUCCUGUCGUGGCAUCUCCAAGAAGGAUGUGUUUGGGCUGCGGCGGGAAAGCCCCAUUCCCGGUGUAGGCAUUGUGGAGAUGGCCGUCGCCGUGCUCCUGACCACCUGCAUCGUGGUGAUGGUAGCCAUCCUGGGUUACUGCUUCUUCAAGAACAAGAGAAAAGACUUCCCCCGACACCGCCACGAGCCACUGCCCACCCCCGCCAGCUCCACCGUCUCCACUGCCGAGGACACGGAGCAUCUGGUCUAUUAUCACACCACCCAACCCCUCUGAGCCUGGGUCUCUCGCCAGCUCUCACAUGGCCCUGCUUUCUACUUGCCAAGGCAGAGGCCUGGGCUGGGGAAAACUUUAGGACCAGACUCCCACUGCGUGUUUCCCAGGCCCACUCUGUGUCAAACGCCCGGACUCUAGCCUCUCUUGGAGGAAUCUAAGCUAAGCUCAGGUCCUGAGAAAACUCAGGGUCUGGGGGACCAGAAAAACCUUGGGCCAGAAGUAUGGUACACAGAUGGACCUGCCUGCCCAGGAGGAGUUUGGAAGAAACUGGAGUUUUGUUUCCUGUUCAGAGCUGCCUGCCCCUGCCCUGGGGCACUGGGAAGGGGCCUGGGGUGGUGACAGAAGCAGAAGGCCCAACCCUGUCCUCCAGAGAUUCUCUUCCACUCUGUGGAAGUCCAGGGCUGGGAGGAAGGACUUCCCUAUAUAGUUUGUGCUGUAAAGAGUUGCUUUGUAAAGAGUUGCUUUGUGGCCAGGCGCUGUGGCUCACGCCUGUAACCCUAGUACUCUGGGAGGCCGAGGUGGGAGGAUAGUCUGAGCUCAGGAG